GCGGGAGCGAGGCUCACUUCCGCCCGCGAGUAAAUGGCAGCGGCGCGGGCGGCCGGGCCGGGGCGCUGAGGGAUCCACGGACGCGCGGGCGGGCGGCCAGGAGCCAUGGAGCGCCGCCCCGGGGCCGGGGGGCGCGGGCCGCUGCGGGUCUCCCUCUGCAUGACCUGGAGAUGGAAGGCCACGAGGCUCCCGAGGGCUCGGCUUGGACCGCGGUGGGGCUGGGCCGCAGCCUCCUAAGGGGACUUUCAUCUGGGGCGGUGGCUGGGGCCCUCCCUGCCCCCUGCCCGAGUCGCCGAGCACCCCCACCCCUCCCCUGCCGAGCGAGGCCCACCCCAGGGCCUGGAGCCCGCCAUGAACGGCCUGUCGGUGACGGAGCUGUGCUGCCUCUUCUGCUGCCCUCCCUGCCCUGGCCGCAUUGCCGCCAAGCUCGCCUUCUUGCCACCAGAGGCCACCUACUCGCUAGUGCCUGAGCCCGAGUCGGGGCCUGGUGGGACCGGGGUUGCCCCCUCGGGGACCCUGCGGGCUUUUGCUGGCACCCCUGGGCGCUGGAAGCUCCACCUGAUGGAGCGCGCGGACUUCCAGUACAGCCAGCGUGAGCUGGACACUGUCGAGGUCUUCCUGACCAAGAGUGGCCGGGGCAACCGCAUCGCCUGCAUGUAUGUGCGCUGUGUGCCCAGUGCCAGGUACACAGUUCUCUUCUCGCACGGCAACGCAGUGGACCUGGGCCAGAUGAGCAGCUUCUACAUUGGCCUGGGUACACGCAUCAGCUGCAACAUCUUUUCCUACGACUACUCGGGCUAUGGUGUGAGCUCCGGCAAGCCGUCCGAGAAGAACCUAUAUGCCGACAUCGACACCGCCUGGCAGGCCCUGCGCACCCGGUACGGCAUCAGCCCAGACAGCAUCGUCCUGUACGGGCAGAGCAUUGGCACAGUGCCCACCGUGGACCUGGCCUCGCGCUACGAGUGCGCCGCCGUGGUGCUGCACUCCCCGCUGACCUCGGGCAUGCGUGUCGCUUUCCCUGACACCAAGAAGACCUACUGCUUCGAUGCAUUCCCCAACAUCGAGAAGGUGUCCAAGAUCACAUCACCGGUGCUCUUCAUCCACGGCACAGAGGAUGAGGUGAUUGACUUCUCGCACGGGCUGGCGCUCUAUGAGCGCUGCCCCAAGGCCGUGGAGCCACUGUGGGUAGAGGGUGCGGGGCACAACGACAUCGAGCUCUACAGCCAGUACCUGGAGCGCCUCCGCCGCUUCAUCUCCCAGGAGCUGCCCAGCCAGCGCCCCUAGCCUAGAGGCCCAUGCCCAGAAUCCGAGCCGCGCCGGGACCUCAGCAAUAAGGUGGCUGCCUGGACCUCACCCUGCUGCGGCCCCGACUCCGGGGGCUGCAUGUGGACCCCCCGGGUGCCCCAGGUCUCGUGGCAGCCGUCGAGCAGGGGCUAGGACCUGCCCUGGCCCAGAGGCCGUGGACGAUGGGCAGGCAACAGAGCUACAUUCUUAUUUCCUUUUGGAAGCAAAAAGAGGGUAAACGUGAAAAAAAAAAUUAAAGAUUUAAAAUUUUA